UUUAGUCCUUGGAGAGGAAAGAAGUCGUCCCCAUUUAAUAGUCGCCCAUAGGAUAACCUUUUUGUGUGUGUGUUAGUGCACGAUCGAGCCUGGGUAAAUCAAAAGGGACGUUUUGACUGGAUAUUUCACACCUGGAUACAUCCUGAAAAAGCCCAUAAGAAGAACUAUUACAUUGUUCUCCGAUUCAACACGACCUGACUGGGAUAUCUAUUACCAAAGAUUCAUCGAUAGCGUGCAAGACUGUUAGAAGAUGAACUUCGACGAUGUUUUACCCAUUUUGGGAGGCUUCGGACGAUACCAGAUUAUUUUAUACUGCGCUUUAUUAAUACCUAUGAAUUUUCCUUUGGCAUUUAUCAUGCUCAGCUAUGUUUUUGUAUUCGCCACUCCCGAACAUUGGUGCAAAAUACCAGAACUGGAAAAUUACGGGAUUGCUUUGGAUGAGGUCAAGAAUCUGAGUAUCCCUUGGGAGGAGAGAGAAGGAGAAUGGCAACCGAGUCAGUGUAAAAUGUACGACGUUAACUACACCAAAGUGGCUUUGGAUUACCUGAUUAACAACGUGUCGUCUUCCAAUAAAAGUUGGCCCGUGACUGACUGCAAAUUCGGAUGGAAUUACGACAGAUCGAUUUAUUAUAAUACGCUAAUAACUAAGUGGAACAUCGUUUGUGGUCAAGAAUGGAAAACAGCCCUUGCUAAUUCUAUGCUAUCUAUUGGAUGUGUCAUUAGUGAAUUUUGGAUCGGGUUUAUCAGCGAUAAGUGGGGUAGGAAACCAUGUCUAUUCAUCAUGCUCGUCUCCACUAUUUUGAUCGGGUUGGUGUCUUGUUAUCCGCCAAACUAUACGGCGUACAUUAUAUAUAGAGGAAUCUUAGGUUUUACUUGUUCUUCGUGUUAUCUUACUCCGUUUAUUUUGUUUACAGAAUUAACGACACCCAAUAAACGAUGUAUUACAGGAGUGAUCUGUGGAAUUAUUUUUGCUGUAGCUUUAAUUAUAUACACUGCAAUAGCAUAUUUAUUAAGAGAUUGGUUUUAUAUAACACUUAUGUACAGUAUUCCGUUUAUACCACUUUUGGCAUAUUGGUGGUUUGUUCCGGAAUCGCCGAGAUGGCUCAUAAGCCAAAAUCGCAUCGACGAAGCCGAAGAAAUCGUUCAGAAAAUUGCUAAAUUUAAUAAGAAAACCAUCGACAAGGAUUUUCUAAAGAAAUUCCUCCAACAAAAAAAGAAAGAAGGAUGCGAAAGUCAAACGUCCAGUUCAUCGUCGUAUUUAGAACUGUUAAAAUACCCAAAUAUGAGAUGUCGACAAUUUAUUCUGUGCUUCGAUUGGGCAAUAAUAUCUUUGGUGUAUGCUGUCUUGCUAUACAACGCGAUGAACAUGAAGAUCGACGAUUAUCUUGCAAAUGCCAUUAACUCCUUUUCGGAAAUACCAGGAGCUCUGAUCGUUAUGGUAGCCGUGGAUAAGAUCGGUAGAAGAUUAAGUCUCUUCUUGUCUAUGGGAAUUGCCGGAUUGGGGUGUUUGACUGUGAUGUUUUUUCCAUCAGGUAAUGUUUAUGUAUCGUAUUUUGCGACAUAGGCCCAUAGCAUAAAUAUACUGUCUUCAGUAUGUAAAAUUUUUUAAUUUCCAAAAAGCAGGUAAACUUGUGUAUAAAUGUGAUUUUGUUUUCAUACACUAAAUUUUUCUCUUCAGAUUAUGUUUGGACCGGUAUUUUACUAGUUA